UCCCGUCGGGCUCCUGCCCCUCACCGCGCCGGAGGGGGCAGCAUCGCAGACAGACGGGGAGGGACGCUGAACCGCAUCGGCGCUGCCAAUGCGCACAAAACAGAACCACCCGUGACAAUUCAGACGAGGGCCAGGGGUCGUCGUCGUCCCCCGCGCAACGUUUCGGUUCGGUUGGAUUUACUGCAUGAGGCAACGGCGGCGGUGGCUACGACGAUGUAGAAUAGAGUCGACAGUGACACUGCAGCGGGGAAAAACCAAGAGCGGAGGAUUGAGUCCGCCGAGGCGAGGAGGCGCGGGGACGCGCGGGCACCCUGACCGGACACCGGGACCCCGCCCGGCCCCAGGUUGCCCCGCUGCGCUGGAGCUCCCUGACUGACACAUCUGUCAGACAGAGAUGCCAAAAAGGAAGGUGGGAGAAGACCUGUCUGAUGAAGAAUGACACAAAGGAGGAUGCACUUACGGAUAAGCAUAAGAUAAGUGAGAAGAACGAAGGAGGAGACAAACAUCUUGAAAAGAGAAGAGCAAAAAGAUACAGAAUGAGCAGUAAAAAGAGGGAGGGAAAUGUGAGGAGCUAUAUGAAAGUGGAGAGAUAGAAACAGGAAAACUUAGAAGAGGAAAACCGUAUUAACCUUCAAAGAGGCAGAAAGGAUUGAAAGUGAUAGAAAGGAAAAUCAAGAGUCUGAUUGAGGGAAGAAAGAAACAUCUGGAUGGUCUCCCCAACAACAGCCAGCCGGUUACCCCCCCAGAGAUGGCUUCUAACUUCAACGACAUAGUCAAGCAAGGCUACGUACGCAUGCGCAGCCGCAAGCUGGGGAUCUAUCGGCGUUGCUGGCUGGUGUUUAAGAAGUCAUCCAGUAAAGGACCUCGUCGUCUGGAGAAAUACCCUGACGAGAAGUCUGCCUACAUCAGAGCCUGUCCCAAGGUGACAGAGAUUAGUAAUGUCAAGAAUGUCACACGGUUGCCUCGGGAUACCAAGCGACAGGCCGUGUCCAUUGUGUUUACAGAUGACACCUCCCGCACCUUCACUUGUGAAUCAGAGCUGGAGGCAGAAGAUUGGUUCAAGACGCUGUCAAUUGAAUGUUUGGGCAUGCGGCUCAAUGACAUCAGUAUGGGAGAGCCUGACCUGCUCGCCGCUGGGGUACAGUGUGAACACACAGAGCGUUUCAACGUGUUCCUUCUACCCUGUCCCAACCUGGACAUCUACGGGGAAUGCAUGAUGCAGAUCACCCAUGAAAACAUUUACCUGUGGGACAUUCACAACCCUCGCACUAAGCUGGUGACAUGGCCGCUCUGCUCCCUGCGGCGCUAUGGACGCGACGCCACCCGCUUCACCUUUGAAGCCGGACGGAUGUGUGACAGCGGUGAAGGCCUCUACACCUUCCAGACAAGAGAGGGAGAGCAAAUCUAUCAGAGGGUUCACUCCUCUACCCUGGCCAUCGCUGAGCAGCACAAGAAGGUCCUGGUGGAGAUGGAGAAGAACAGCAGGUUAAUGUCUAAGAGUUCAGAGCCUGGCUCCUACCCCUGCACCCCCACUGCCAUAUUGCCCCGAUCUGCCUACUGGCACCACAUCACUGGAAACCAGACUGGCAUGGAUCCUGGUAACGGUGACACAUCAGAAGAUGAACUGUCUACCUACCUGCCUCCUGAUCGCCAUGCCAUGCUGCCAAUGGCAAACACACAUGAACAUUCCCAGGCGCACAUAAACACACACACACACACACACACCCCGACACACUUAACCUACCCUGGACAGUGACACAUACAUACACACCCCGACACACAACACUUACUCUGGACAAUGGCACACAUCCCGACACACUACACCCACCCUGGACACACACACACACACACACACACACACACACCAUGGAACUAGAUGCAAACCCAUAGCCACAUGCAUGCAGGCACACACAAUUCACAUCAAUUCACAUACACUGAAAGAAACACAUUGUCUGUUCUUGUAUUUGUUUGACAGCCCAAUGUCACACCUCACAGGAAAUGUUGGUGUUGGGACUAACACUGGCCAAAAGGUCAUCUCGAAUGCAGAAGGCAGGACAGAAUUCUGCAAAGACUACAGGGAGAUUGGGCUUUGUGAGUCCCACAGUUCCACGGCAGACAGCUGCUGUUAGACAUUUUUCUACACUCAGAUUGGCAUGUGUUGCUUACUGAUAAAAGUAAGGACUGAAAGCUCUCAGCAUGUUUUAAACCACCAAAGCUGGCUUAUAAGUGUUUAUACCUGUUCACACUGGCCACUCUCAAAGGAUUUCACUAGCAGUUUGUGGGGAAUUUGCUCUAUUACAUUUACACACAGCUUCCUCUUGAAACUUCAAUCAGUAGAUAUCUGGUUGCAUGAUAUACAACUGAUAGCACAUGUCACAAAAUUUCAAGGUGAAAGGACACUCUUUCACUAUUGCAUUCACUUUUGUUAGCUAAUGUUUGUCAGUCACCAAGACAUCCAGUUCUCUACUGGUUCAUUUCAUACCACUAUAUGUAUAUAAAUGUGUUUUUCCAACAUCAAAUGUAUCAAAACCAACACUUGUAUCCAUAUUUAUUCAUGUUACAACUGAACGAGCUUAGCCAUAAUUCGGUCCUUAUUGAAAGAGAAAAUAUGAAUUUCCCCGGGGGAAAAAAAAUGCUAAAUUUGAUCCAAACCAAUUUGUCAGUGUAUUUGUGAAACCUAGUGCAACACCAUGAAUGCUUGUAAGAAGAGAUUGUGGGAAAAUGUGCAUUAUUAUUCACUAUGCAUGAUUCAUCACAUCCAUAAAACAUCAACGCCACAAAAUAUUGCAAUUUAUAUGGCAGGCUUUUCAAUGCCAAGUUGGACAUGGCCAUUCAGGACAGGUAUAAACAUCUUUGCAAUGUGUUGGAUAAAACAUUCAAGAAUAUAGUUCUUAGAAGCUUAUUUAGGCCUUUUCAAACAAUCUCUCUUAUUAUCGAGCUACCUAUUUAGUUUUUAAAAAAAGCCCAAUCUAUGAAAUGCCAAUUUUUGUCAAAUUUCCAAAAAUCUUUUAGAUAUGUGUUUACAGAAGGACUAGCAGUGCUGGAUCUGAUGUUCUGGCCAGAGUUUCUCAACACAAGAGUUCACAAGUUCUACAUGGCUACCAGAAGAGUAACAUCAAUAAAGGCCCAGUUUUUUGGAUUGAACCCUCUGUGGACCAUGGCUGUAUGGUGCCACAUGGACUCCGCCAUCUUUGAAAUUACAUUGACACGGUCUACUAGCUCCAGCUAACACUUGUAUGAAGAUCACUUGGUAAUUUCACUGUAUGUGUGCCUCUGGAUUAUGUCUUUGAUUUAGCUGAUAACUGAUGUGACUUUGCAGUUAUUCCGUUUACUGUGCAGAGGUCCUCACAUGCUUCUGUUGAGCCAUGUUUGCGCAAGUGGAAGAGGGGUGUAAAUUGUAAAGUUGAACAGAUGUGGCUUUUUGGAAGUCCAUACUGAUGAAACGUAAGGGUUGGACAUCCCAAAAACUUAUAUUUGGUGUCUCUAUAUUUGACCCCUUGAGUGGCAGAUUAAGACACUUCCUGGAUAAGGGACAUUACUACCAGCAUUGACCUUACUUUUGGUGUAUUGGAAGAUGAUGGUCUUAAGGGAUUUUUCAGUAAUUAUACCAUUGUAGUCAUUGAGUUGAAUGAGGAGGUCUGUUAACAUGGCAACAAUUCUCAAAAGAAGUCUGACAGAGCAAGAAACAAGAGGUCAGAAAAAUCUGAAAAUUAGUUCCAUAAUCUGUUUUACUAUGACUUACCAUACUUGCUGCACUGUAGACUUCUGUUACCGUAAAUGAACCCUUCCAUGCCUGGCAGUGUAUUUCAUUGGGUUGAGUUUUGUUGCUUAAAGUGACGAGUGGUUUCACUUUCUGUUCUAUCUCGAACUAAUAUGGUUUGGAUAACGUGCUUGAACUGCUGACUUAUCUUUUUUUAUGUUGCUGUGUUCCAACACCCCACCAGUUAUUUAACAUUCCUGAAAACUCUAUUAUCAUAAUCAGGGGAUGGCACUGAACUAGAUCUACAUCUGUACCACAAAAGAAGCAUGAACGUUUCUUGCGUUCAUUACCUCCGCUUUUCUACUUCCCACCACUUGCCUUGGGAAUCAUCCAAAACUUUCAGUUCGACCAUUUAUGGAGGCUGACGAGAGAAGAAAGUAAAAAAAAAGAUUCAGUUGUUUUUAAUCCAGAAAGUUUGACUUUGCUACAUACUGCUUCGUCCUUCUACUACACUGACAAAAAACGUAUUCAUUUUGUGAAGAUGUUUGGGGGGAUGCGGGGGAGGGAGAUGAUUGUUCUCCCUGGAAAGCUGCCAGAAUUCAUAAAGUUGGAUCAUGUUUUUUUUUCUGUGAGUUCAUCAUCCCUUCUUUGCUUCCUUUUUAUUCUGUCAUAAGGGUUUAAGACUGUUGAUGUGACUGGAAAUUUACCAGAGCAAUGCAACGUCUGGGAGCACAGCGACCACCUUGAAAUCGUUAUGAAAAAACCCUGUGUCUUGUUUGUGUGUAAAUUUGAUAUAGCUCAAUUGAUUCUGCAAUCCUUGUGUAACUUCCAUGUCAAUGUUUAUGGUUUUUAUUAUGGAUGCACCGAAAUGUAAACUGUUGGCCGAAACCGAAACCCAACAAAAUGAAACACUUGGCCAAAGGCAGAAUACCGAAUAACCGCACACGAUUGUGUUUUUUACAGUUUUUUAUUUAUUUUGACAUAUUUGUCAUCAUUGCAUGAAUUAAACUUUUUUUUUUACAUUCCAGCAGACAUAAUACCAGCAAAGCACAGUAGAAGUUUGCCUGACUAAUACGUGUGUUGACACCCUCCAAGAGAGCACUUCCGUGGUCUGUUUCAUCCUCUUUGGUUGGAAGACGCGUUAGGGCUGCAGGCUUAUCUCCCUUGUUAGCUGCUCAAAUGGGGCGAGUAGAGAGAGAAGUUUCUCAAUUAACACCCACUGGUUUGCGGUGAAUGUCGCAGGCAUAUCAUUAUCUAUUUCUGCAUCAUUCUGUGACAUUUUCAGUGCUUCCACACUGACUCUUUUUGAUCGCGUCAUUAAAAAAAUUGUUCAGUAAAAAUGAUUCUGUCUUUUCACUUAUUCGGCCGAUUACCGAAAACUGCUUUUUUUGUUGUUGCUGUUUUUGGCCGAACAAUUUUUGGUGGAUUCGGUGCAUCCAUAGUUUUUACAUAAUUUUAACAUGACAGGGCUAGGCAUUUUGUUGCUUUUUUACAUGAUGCAAAUCAUGUAUUGUGUGUAGAUGUGUUUUAGUGUACGUACAUGCUGUAUAACCUGGGUUUGCUGUCACUUUGCGAGUUUUUUACAUAUUGCUAUUUAUUUAACAUUAAACCUGUGUGUGUGUGUGUGUCUGUGUAUGUGUGUUUGUGUGUGUGUGUGUGUGUGUGUGACAGAGAGUGAGAAAAGAGUGUGACGAGGGAUUAUUGGAACGUGUUCAUUUAAAACAUAGACUCUCAUCAUGUUUUUGUACGUUGUAAUGUAGGACAAGCAGAUGGUACCCUGUCCACACUGUCAGCGUGGCACUUAACACAAAACUGCACCUGAGAGAAACAUAACAAGAACACAUUCACCAUCCUGUCCUCUGCGCUGUCACCUCUCAGGUGUGAAUAUUUUUGGCCUUAGAUCAGUCACAGUCACAUUCUAUAUGUUCAUGGCUGUGCCAUACUGUUGUUUGUCUCUCUUCGUUUUAGAUAGAAACUGUAGCAGCAGGGAUCCUUCAGAGGGGCGUUUCGUGAAGAAUAAUGAGCACAACAAACUGAACCAGCAUGAUGCUGUUUCGUUAAGCCAACUCUGAGCUAAUGAAAUCAGAGUAGCUCAAAUGUGGUUUAUUACAUUACUUUGAAACAGUCCUGAAACUGAAUUGUGAUAUUGUGUGACUUAGGUAUCAAAUGGGACCCACAAUCUAAGAGAAAAGGUUCAGUUGAAUUAUUCUACUUUACAUGGUUUGCACAAGUGACAUAAUAACAAUCAUGUGGAAAUACGGAUUAAAUACCUUCAGACCAAU